CUAAAAUUUUCCCCUUUCUCUUAUAGGAAAGUAGCAACUUUCUACAUAUUGUUUUUAAUCUACACUGUUAGUGGAUUACAUUCUGAAUUUUAUGUUAUCUGUGAAAAAACAUUACCAGCUGGCAACUGACGGCUGAAAACUGAACGUCAACAACAUUGUUUGAAAUUUUAAAAUAAUUCUAGAUAUUAUAAAAGUGCACCCCAUAGAAAAUAUUUUGAUAGCUUGUAAAUUUGUGUUAAGUUUGUUUUAAGUACUGUGAUUUGAUUAUUAAUCUUAAUUUCAAUAAGUUAUUAUGUCUUCGUCUGAUUCCGAAGACGAUUAUUACGGUAACGCGACAAAAAAGUUACAAAAUCUAAUAAAUAAUUACAGCGAAGACAAAAUCGAUACAGUGAAAUUACUGAAGGAUAUAAAUCCUAUAAAUGUGCAACCAGUUUUAGAAGCGAGUGGUAAUAACGCAGUUAAUACUAGUAAAACCUCAAGCUUUACACCUAUUGUUGAAACCGAGAUAAGUAAGGAUGAUUCUCUAUAUGAAGACAAUAUAGUUUUAGACCAAAUUAUUGCUUGUAACUCGUUCAGAAAAACUAGUUCUAAAACAAAGAACCGUGCCCCCCCAAAGCAAAGAGGUCAAAAGACUCGACGGGGCAGACGCUGUAAAAGUAAAUCCAAGCUGUCAAAAGAUACCCAAAACAAUACCACAGAUGUUUUAUCUAAUAAUUUUAAUGUGGCAGGUUUGAGGAGGAGUAUAGCACAAAGAAAUAUAGGCCAUCAUUCUCUUGAUACAGAACAAAACCGUCAGAGAAACUUACAUAUAACAUACAGUGUCGGUAACACUGAUGAAUACCCAGAUUUUUCAGACAAUAUUCAACUGUUUAAUACAAAGCCUCUGACCCGAGAAGUUGAAGAGCUGUUUGAUGACAACGAAGAACAAUCAGUGAAGGUAUACUGGCGUAGUUCAGAAAUUGUCAAGUUCACUAUACGUAAAUUCCAGAAGAUAUUGCAAAUAUUUGAAUUUUUUGCUAAUAAAGAGAAUGUAACAAUCAAUAAACUUUUAUUCACAUAUAAUGAUAGCAUUUUAAAGCCAGAUGACACACCAGACAAGAUAGAUUAUAAUAUCACAAAGUUUAUAGAAGGAGGCCUCACUAGUUCCGUACCAAUUAUAUUGGAUAGCAAUGAGGAAUUUGGUAAUGGACUUAAACUGAAAUUUCAAUGUCAAAAUGUUAAGAAGCCAUUUAUUAUAUGUGUUCAAAAGGAAGAGAAGCUUCUACAAGCUAUGGUGAAAUGUGCUGAGCACUUUGAAAAGCCAUUUAAUGCUUUAAAGUUUGUCUUUGACGGAGAUGCUGUUUCAGGUUCAAUGACCCCUGAUGAAUUGGAUUUGGAGGGAGGCGAGUGUAUUGAUGUAAAAGUCGUUGGUUUAUAAUUACUUAGUUUUUUAUUAUUUUUAUUAUUAAUAAGAAAUGAACUUCGUAAAAAUUCAUUACCUCUAUUUUUGUCUUUAAAUGUAAUUUUAUUAAUUGGAUUUUUAUAUUUUUGAUAUAAUUGUAUGUACUCACUGCGUAUGAAUUCAAAUUUCACACUUAACGCUAAGUAUUAGUCAAAUAUAGUCUAAAAGUGACAUUUCCUAACUCACCCUUCAAAUUGUAUAUUCUUAAGUUCAUUACAAGUUAUGGCAUACACAGUGAGAUGAAUUUCAAUUAGGGAUGCAUCCGGGAUAAACCGGUGAUACUUUGGGUGUGCCGAUAUUUUAAUUACCGAUACAACGAUUACUUUAAAAAAAGUAAUGUAAACGUGCACCUUGUGUGAACUGGUUCAUUGCAAACGUCGCCCGGGAAAUCCCCGCGUUUUACUCGCUAGACACUUUGGCUUUUAGCCAGUAGUAUUUUUUCGAUACUGAUUAAAAUAAAAUACAAGAGUCUUGUCAAUGUCAAUUUUAAUUAUUAACAGUUAUUUAUUUUAAUUUAAUUAUUACUCUUAAUUUUAAAAACUUAAACUUAAUUUUUUUUUCAAAGUGUGUGAUUGUUUAUAUUUAAAAAAAAAACAACAAAAAACUUCAACCAACUUUGAUAUAUUUUACCUUAAUUUAAUUUUAAUUCAACAAGCGUAUCGGCAAAAAGGCGUAUCGAUGCAUCCCUAAUGUCAAUGUUUAAUUUGAAUAUUUUUUUAUGACGUAAUUUAAUUAAUUUCUUAAUAAUUAAACAAUUGAUAUUAUCUUAAGAUUUUCAUUAAUCCCCAUAGUUUCAUUUUACUCUUUCAAUGCACUGUUUUGUCUAUGCAUUGAUAUUUUUUUUUUAAAAAUUAUGGCCUGGUAACGAGACCUUUAAGCCAAGUCUUAUUUACGGUCACUAAUUCAGAUGUUAAUCUAUCGUUUCACUUGUUUUCUUAAAUCUUCCCCACAGUAUUUUUGAUGUAUUUAUAUAAUGCACUAUAACACUUGUUGUUAUACAUUGAUCUAAGUCUUAUUCAAGACAAUUAAUGAUGGUUAUUUUUCUAUAUCACAAAACUUUGACAGUAACGAACUUAACGUACAAUGUCAAAAUAUGAUAUAGGAUCAAUUUAU